UGAUAGAUUCAUAUUCAUCAUAUUAUUAUCAUAACAUCCUACAGUUCUCUGUCAGUUCUGAUUAUUCCUUCCAUCUCCUGUUUUUAAUCUUAUUGCUUUUAAUUUUUUCUUUUCGAUAUUUAUUUUUUAAUCAUCUUUACAAGUUUUAUUCAACUUAUUCUACUUCUUACUUGUGACUUUUAAUUAUAUCUACAAUGAGCUCCAGAGGUGGUGGUGGCUAUUAUCGUGGUGAUGGACCUAGAGGUGGCGGUGGCUACAGUAGAGGUGGCGGUGGAAAUCCUAGAGGUGGGAGUGGUGGUUACUCUAGAGGUGGCGGCUCUGGAUCUGCUAGAGGUGGUGGCUCUGGGUAUGCUAGAGGUGGAGGCGGUGAAUACGUUAGAGGAGGUCAAAGCAGAGGCCGAGGUGACGGCUAUGGCAGAGGCCGAGGUCGAGGAGGCUAUGGUGAAAGUCGGGACAUAGUCGAUCCUAAACUGAUCUCUUCAGAUAAUAUCCAAUGGAAUUAUACCGCUUCAGCGCUUAAUACAAUUAAACCCGAAUUCGUGCCAAGAAAAGGGCACUUGUCAACAAAUUUUGCCCGUAGAAUCCAAUUGAUGACAAACCACUUUGCAUUUAAAUUUUCGUCGGAUAUUAGCAUUUACCAUUAUGACUUUUCAUGGCUGUAUCAUGGUUCUGAUCCAGAAAGUAAGGAAAAGCCAACCGAGAAAAAGUUGAAUCGUGCAGAUUGCUAUCGUUUGUUUGAUGCAGUUUUGAGCCAUCAUUCACAAUUUUUCCAAAAUCCAUCUUCUGUUGGCUACGAUGGCAGUAAAAAUGUUUAUACGCCAUAUAAACUUAAAUGUACUGGCUCAAGACUUGGCGUUGCAGAUGUUCAAUUGGAAGAUCGACGUGGCACAUUUAGUGUUGCAUUUAAAUUGGCCAAUACCAUUCCGUUAUCAUCCUUGGACGAGUACUACGCCGGACGUUCAUCAAAUUUUCCUAAAGAAACCAUUCAAGCACUUGAAGUAAUCUUAAAGUUUCCUUCCCGCUCUGAUAUGAUUUCAUUGGGCCGUUACGCUAUGUUCCCAGUUGAUGGAGAUCGACAACUUUUAUCGAGUUGGAUGGAGUUGGCCUUGGGGCAUAGAAAGUCUCUUCGACUUUCUGAAAUUGGACUGACUUUGGUAGUCGACAGGGCCGCUACAGCAUUUCGUAAGUCUGGAAGUGCUAUUGAUUUCCUGAAUUGGGUUCUUAAUUCGGAUCCGAGACGUCAGGUUGAUCUCUCCAACUUCCGACCUGGAACGCAUCAAAUAGAGGCCAUCAGGAGAGCCUUUCUUUGUGUCAAAGUGGUUACUGAUCACCUCGGAUUCAACAGAAAUUAUAAAAUUAAGGGUGUCACUUAUAAUGCAGCUAAUGUCGAAACCUUCCACUGGAAAGAAGGAGAGGUCGAUGAAACUGUAUCAGUUGCAGAAUAUUUUCAACGAAAAUAUGGAAAGACUCUUAGAUAUCCUAACUUGCCCUGUUUAAGAGCUGGUAAAUGUGCAAUGAUCCCGAUUGAACUUUGUGAAAUCGUUGCAAAUCAAACCCCAUCGAGCAUAUUGACUCGUUUAAGUCCAGACGAGCAAGCUGAAAUGAUUAAGUUAACUGCUACGCCACCCAAUGCAAGAUUUACCUGUUUGUUGCAAGCUCAUGAACAAAUUCGUCAAACAAUUAAUGAUACUCUAGAACAGUUUGGUUUGAAUAUUGAUAUCAAGCCGAUUGGAGUCACCGGAUUCGUGCUGGCUGCCCCCAAACUCAUCUUUGACCAGAACAAAAUGGUCACUCCAAGAGACGGAAAAUGGGACCUUAGGGAAUGCACAUUCUACAAGAAUAAGAAAUUCAGCAAGUUUGGUGUCUUGAAUUUCUGUGCAAGUCCUGAAGAUGGUAUAAACUUUUGUAAGAUGUUUGUAACGAAAGCAUGUGAAAUGAAAAUGAUGGCCGCACCAAGUCAGCCUGUAAUCAAAAACUGGCCACCGGAAUUGCGAAAUGAACAAGAAAAAGUCAAGUCGGCAGCAAUUGCUGCAAUGUUGAAAGAAAUGAAGGACCAAGGCUGCGCUUUUGCCUUGUGCUUCUUUCCGUCUGAUAAAUCAAUUUAUAAUUUAACGAAAAGAGUAGCCGAUGUUAAGCUUUGUUUUCCUACUCAGGGUGUUGCUUCAAAAAAUGUUAGAAAAUGUUCACCGCAGCUCAUUGCUAACAUUUUAGCUAAAGUAAAUAAAAAACUCGGCGGUGUCAAUGUAAUUCUCAAACAAGAUGACAAGCCACCUCUUCUUAAAAAGAAAAUCAUGAUAAUUGGAGCUGACGUUACUCAUCCAGGUGAAGCAGAUGAACUACACUCAUCAGUUGCUGCUUCUGUCUCUACCUACGACAAGGAUCAUACGAUGUUUUAUCCAUCUGUUCGUGUCCAGCCAAAAAAGAAUGCUGUCCAGUCGGUUACAGAAACAAUUGAAGAUUUUCAGGCAAUGAUUCAGGAACACUUGCAAAACUUCAAGGAAUCAAAUGGAAGUUUACCUUCUACAAUUUUAUACCUGAGAGAUGGAGUCUCUGAAGGCCAAUACUCUCAAAUUGUGACUAAAGAGGUUAAUCAUUUAUUAAGACCUUAUGGACAGAGUGAUCCUUACAAACCUGCAGUUACAGCAGUAAUUAUCAGCAAACGAAUCCAGACUAGAACAAGGCCGGUCAAUCCAAACGAGGGAGUUGGCAAACAUGGAAACGUUCCUCCUGGUACCACAAUCGAUUCGAUUAUAACACAUCCAUCCGAUUUCGACUAUUUUCAAUAUGGACACGAGGGUAUUCAAGGAACUUCACGGCCUUGCCAUUAUUAUUUAGUUCAUGACGAUAAUAACUUGAGUACGGAAGAAAUGUCUCAAGUCAGUUUUCAUCUGUGCCAUCUGUUUGAACGAUGUACUCGUUCAACUUCAGCUCCAGCCCCUGUGAUGCAUGCACACAAUCUUGCUUAUAGAGCACGACAAUGGAUAGUUGGUGGAGGUGAAAAGCAAGACCUCAGAGGAAAGAGCAGAGAGGAAAGAAUUCGCGAUGAAACGAAUAUCGCAACUCGUUUGAACGAUCUAGUAAAAAGUAUUGACACUAAAUUUCGCAAGCAAAGCAUGUUCUUUGUUUAAAAAUUGACACUUGAAUUUUUACAUAACAAUCAAUUUUAAUUUGUAUUUUCAAGCAUUUAUUAAUCCUAAAUAAAUUGACCAUUUAAUUUUACCUUCAAUCAAUUUAUGUCAAAUGUAAAUGAAUACGAAUUUUAAAUAAAUAAAUCUAAUCACA